AGUGGAACCGGCGCGAGCGGACGCUUGGAGGGCCCGCUGCUGCCAGCAGGGACGGGAGCGAUGUUGCUGGCGGCGCGGGCCGAGUAUCUCGCGCCCUGGUGGACGUCGUGGUUACACGGGCUCCCCCAUUUGAGCUUCAGCCUGCGACCCGUGCCCAACGCCUUCCGCCCGAGGGACGACGACUACCAGCAGUCCUUGAUCCUCUUGGCUCUGACCGGAGUUCUAUUCUUGGGUCUCAACCUGGUUUUCCUUGGCAUCUAUCUCAUCUGCCUAUCUUGCUGCAAGAAGAGGGAAGAGUCGGAGACUAAGAAGCCCAAUUCUUGUUGCAUCACCUGGACUGCUGUGGUAGCUGCUCUCAUGUGUUGCGCCCUUGAUAAUGCUAAUCAUACCCUCUCAGGGGUUGAUUCACUGGUCUCAGGCACUAGGACACAGAUGAAAAUAGUUCUGGAGCAGCACGUGGCCCGCCUGAAUGAGAUAUUUGCAACCCACAGUGAAUAUGUACAAACGCUGAAAUUCAUGCAGCAGAUGGCAGACAAUAUUGUGCUGCAACUGUCAGGGCUUCCCGUGUGGAGUGAUGUCACUGUAGACUUGUCUAUGAUUGCCAAUGAUGUCAGCUAUGUAGAAUAUUAUAGAUGGCUCUCUUACCUCUUGCUGUUCAUUCUGGACUUGGUGAUUUGCCUUAUUGCUUGCCUGGGGCUGACUAAGCACUCCAGAUGUCUGCUCAUUACGAUGCUGUGCUGUGGACUUUUCACACUUUGUCUCAGCUGGGCUUCCUUUGCAGCCGAUGUUUCAGCAGCAGUGGGUACCAGUGACUUUUGCGUGUCUCCAGAUAAAUUCAUUCUGAAUAUGACAAAAAGUGACCUCAGUGCAGAAAUCGUACAGUACUACCUGUAUUGUAGACAGAGUCCGACCAGCCCCUUUCAACAGGCCCUGACUAUUUACCAGCGUUCUCUCACAACCAUGCAGAUCCAGAUUCAGGGUCUUGUGCAGUUUGCAGUGCCUUUUUUCCCUACAGCCAAAAAAGACCUGCUUGAUAUGCAGAAGUUACUGAACUACUCUGAAAUCAACCUCCACCAGCUGACUGCCAUGCUGGACUGCAGGGGCCUUCACAAGGAUUACCUGGAUGCCUUGGUUGGGAUCUGCUACGAUGGGGUGGAAGGCUUGCUCUACCUCACCCUCUUCUCUCUGAUGGCUGCUGUAUCCUUCUCCACCAUCAUAUGUGCCAUGCCUCGAGCCUGGAAACAUUUAACCAGCAGGGAUCGGGAUUAUGAUGACAUAGACGAAGAAGACCCCUUCAACCCACAGGCUCGACGUAUUGCUGCCCACAAUCCCAACCGUGGGCAACUCCGUAGUUUCUGUAGCUACAGUAGCAGCCUGGGCAGUCAGACAAGCCUUCAGCCUCCUGCCCAGACCAUCUCCAAUGCACCAGUGUCUGAGUACAUGAACCAAGCUGUGCUCUUUGGUGGGAAUCCACGAUAUGAAAACGUCCCCCUGAUUGGAAGAGGAUCACCUCCCCCCACGUAUUCUCCAAGUAUGCGAGCCACCUAUCUUGCGGUUAAUGAUGAUUUCCGGCGACAGCCUAGCAACGAAUUUCCAGCCUAGCACUCAAAUCAUAGAGAAGAAGCCACCCACAAUGCUAUAGUGAAACCCAAUAAUAACUGAAGGCACAUAGACUGCUGGGAAUAAGAUUGCUUCCCUAGCAAACUGGUCAGGUGUUCAAAGGUGUUGAAAACAGAUCAGCUGAAGAAAACCCCUGCUGGCAAUCCAGGUACUCUUCCAAGGAUUAUCCUUGUGUGCUUGAUUGGCAGCUUUUCUUCUUCCAAUAUUAUGUCUUCCUCUGUUGCAGACCCAGGAUGGUACCCGGAUCCUCCAUCUAAUGAGCUAAGGGUCAGAGAUCUAUUGAUUUCCUGCUCAUUUCCUGUCACUACUACAGUGGCCUCCCCAAACUUUGUUUUCUUAUAUUGGGGGAAGCCGGGAGAUGUGAAAUUAGAAUAAGGCCUGCCACGGGUUUGCAAUUAACGCUAUAAGUCCUGUUUCCUUUCCUUCUACACCAACUUCAGGGCAGUUUUGUUCAUCCCUGAUAGGGUGGUUCCGUCUUCCUUUUUGUUUUAUUAAGGCAGAUAAUAAGACCAGUACACUGUACAAGUAAAGUGAACACUUGACACCUGGUGUACAAUGCUAACCUCAGAGAAAGGGAGCAGGGGUUGCCAUGAGAGAAGAUGCUCCUCACUCCUGAAUCACAUGCAAUGCUGACAGAAGAGUGAAUUUUUAGUGUCCUCUGAAGAGGCCUCUGCACAUAACUUACUGUUGGCUUGGCACUGUAUCAUCCAUCAUCCUUUUUGAUAGAACCUGUUUGGCAUUUUGUGAUACAAAAGUCCAUGCACAAUAUUACCACUUGUCACUCUUUUACAUCAAGAACUGACAUGAACUUCACCAACUCCUGUUUAUUUGGUUUGCUAUUUUUUUAAGUCUAUGUUUUAUAUUAGCUAUCCAAAGGACAUAAUUUUUGUGUCUGUUUUUAUAGUUUUCUGUUAUUAAGGAUUACACCUUUUUUAUGUACUUUGCAAACCAACUUCUGAUUUUGGCACUGGUUUUUUUUCCCCCAAAGGGGAAUUAAAAGUAUAGGCGAAAAUUAACCUUCCAAGAUAAUGUAUUUGUAUGGCAAAUGCUGACAUAUUCAAAAAUACAUUUUUCUUACUAUGUGAGGGAAUCAAAAAUACCAGGGUACGUUGGAUUGGGCUGAAUUGGCUACUCUAAUACACACAUAACCUUGAAAAGGUGACAGUACAGUUUCUUCCGAAUAAUGUCUUGCUUUUGCCAUCCAUGAAAGAACUGCAAUAUCAUGAAAUUAGGAACCGUUCAUAACUUACAUUGUUACUUGCACACAUUUGGCUCUUGUUAGGACAAGUCCUAUCAUUGGGCCUUGUGAGGCAAGUUUCAGAUUCCCCAGAUCAAGACCAAAGAGAAAUCCCUUGCUUCACACAGCUUGGCGAGAUUGCUAAUCAGGCCUAAACUCAGAAGUCUUUCAGAUAGUCUAAUUUUUUAAAAGAUUCUUCCUUGCAAACUAAACUGUAGCCAGACUGCUGUAAGCAGUCAGUUUCUCUCUGUCACUGUGAGAUGUAGUUUCCUUCUCAUAGCCACUGCUGUUCUUUCUGCCUUUCCCACUGUUUUUUAUCCCGCUCUUCGUGUCCUUGAAGUAGAACAGCUGUUGACGUAUGUUGCCCUGAGAACUGCUGGCUCUCAUUUUAUCUCAGCCAGCAGGAGAUGAGCAAUGACAAAGUGUUGGAGGUUAAAACAGUGCCAGGCGGUUUGUCCUUUCUCUCAGCAGCCAUUUUGGACUACCAGUGUUAAGAUUUAUUUUCCAGUCUAGUCACCAUUUGUAUGAGCAAUCACAGGCAGGAGAGACCGUCAUAUCAUUCCCUCAGGUAACGAAGAUCUUGUGGGCUUUUCUGAAACAGAAUCCGAUUCUUGUAUCUUCUAUUGGAGAGAGAAAGUAAAAGAAAUAAAAACAUUUCGACAGAAGGCAUUCCAAGGAGAUGAGAAGCACUGAAGGAAGGAAAUCAAAGUAGAGUAUGUCAAAUUGAAGUAUCAAAGCCUCUUACUGGUGUGAUUUUAACUUUUGCCAAAAGCAACUCCUUUUAAAGUUAACAAGUUCCAUUUCUUGGGUUAUGUUUACCUUUUUAUACUUAGGCAUAGUUGGAAGUGAAAGCAAUAUGUGAGCACUUUCUUGGAAACAUAAAACAGGUGGGUUUCCUCAACUAAAUUCAAAGAACUCAGAAUAUCUUCACAGACUGCUGAAAAUGCGUUUUUCCAGUGGUGUCAACAUAAUAUUUGGACAAUUUGCACAUUGUUCAAAAUUGCCACUGACAACCACUACAGUGUUAACAACUGCAUAGGUAGAGAGUUGCCUCCAAGAUGCAUAAUGUGACAUGGAGAUUUUUAAUUACUUGACAACAAUUACAUACUGUGUCUUUCUAUCAAGGAUAACUUGUACCUAUCAUGUAUGGCGACAUAAUUUAUAUAUCCAUCUUAUAUGUGAUUGGCUACAUUUUUAAGGCAGAGGGAGAAGAGAAUCUUAAUUUUAUGCUAUGAGUAAUGCUAUUGAUAAGAGUACAAUUAAAAUUGUUUUUUUUUCAACAAACAAACAAAAUGCAUGUGAAUUAACUAUCACAGACUACUUCAGAACUGUGCCUGAUUUAUAUGUACUGACUGGGAAACUGAUAAUAAACACAUACUAAAAAUAUGA